CAUCUAUCGUACGGAAGAAUCCUAGGCCUUUUCGGGCCGCAAAUGUAUAAACCAACAACGGCCACCCCCCUUUCCUAUCCCAACCUAGCCCGCUGGUGCCGCUUAACCGCAGAGAGGCACACUGGUCGGGACCCUUGCACCGCUUCACUUGCGUUGGUACGACUGGUUAGCUGCGAGGCGCGUUCUUCCGACCUCCAUUGCGACUCGCACCGAAACUAUCGCCAAACUGAGCCCCCCCCCGUUGUGUGCACAGAGAGCGAGCCCGGCGGCCUGGCGGAGUCGAUGCUGCAAUUUCCUCUCUUCUCAGCCAAUGGUGCGAGACAACUAAGACGAUACUGCCAACAGAAUGGCCCCGAAUGCGACCUCCGUGAGAAACCAAGGCUCGGGGGAGGCUAUUACCUCUAGCCAGCUUCAUAUAUCAACGCGUAAUGGCGCCAAGAUUCUUCAGCUGCUCAAUACCAGAAUGCGAAAGGCCAAGUGUCAGGGCCGUUGGCGGAUGCGAUGGUUGCAACCGUCACCUAUGCCUCGCUCACCUGUCCCCCUCUUUCCACAAAUGCAGCGAGGUCUUGGAUGAUGCCACCUACGUAUCGCGGAUUGUCGCCGAGAUCGAUCGUCUCCGCUCUCAGAUCAACGACGCUGCAGUAUGCGACCUUGCGUCUAGGCUGAACGGCGGCAGGAGUUGCAGCAUCGAGCACUCUUCCAAAGUCGGGCCGGGCGCUCUCAUGGGAAGCGCCAACUACCACGCCCGCGUUCGCUUCCACGACGGCUCUCCCUCCUGGCUCCUGAGGGUUCCGCGGGUUGCGAGUUUCGCCGUCGGCCUUCCAGAUUCGCUAGCAGAGUACCUGAUACUCAGCGAGUACGCCACGUUGAAGUUUCUCGAAACCACUGCUGUGCCCGCACCUCGGGCUUUCGGUUAUGGUGUACGCGGCUUUGGAACUGACCAUAGUGUCGGCGUCAGCUUCCUUCUCGUGGAAGAAUUGCCGGGGAAGCCGUGGACAGGCGAUGGCGUAUGUGGCAACCAGGCCACCAAGGACGAGAAAGCCAAGGUCUGGAGUGCCGUCGCAGACAUCCUGGCUGAACUGGCCAAGCAUCCGUUCCCCAAGGCUGGAUCUCUAUGCUUCCAGUCAUCCGGCAUCGAAGUGUCGGCGGUGGCGAGCGACAGAUUCGUCGUCCUCACUCCGGAGGGCCCAUUUGAUAAUUCCAUCGCCUAUUACACUGCUUUUGCCGAGCAGUACCUAGCACUCAUUGCGGACGGUCAACUCUAUGCCGAGUAUCCAGUCGAUGCGUAUCUGACGUACCGCUUUCUGAAGGAUAACGCGGCGCGACUGGCCCAGCAAAGCGCGGAAGCGCAAACUCCGGAGAAAUUCUUCUUGAAGCACGUCGACGACAAGGGCGACCACUUGCUCGUCGACCAGAACCUCAACGUCACCGGUAUUAUUGACUGGCAGAUGGCACGCGUCGUACCUUUGCGUGAAGCCUUCGGGCCAUCACUUGUUACCGCCGACAUGAGUUCGUUGUGCCGUGGCAAAGUGUCGCUAAGCGUGGACGAUGUUGCGUUGGCGGGCGCCUUGGAGGAAAGGGGGUACCCCGAGCUAGCUAGUUGCAUGGCCGAUGAAAAGGUGAGGAGAUUCUUUUGGGGUCUGGCCUUGGAGCCUAAGUGGUCGUACGCCUUGCCGUUGGCAAAUGCAAUACUCAAAGCCUUCGGGGUUGACCAAGAUUGGACGCAGUGGAGGGAGACGGCACUGAGAGAAUACGAGGCUGACGAGCGCCUGAAAUGCCUUGUUACUUCUGCCAAUCUGGUAUCAUCUUCAUAAUUCUAGCAGUCACCCAACCAGCCUCUCUUCAUCCCAGAAGACGUACCCCAAGCCUCUCAAGCCGUGGCCCUGUGAAACAUCGUUGUCUUGCCCAGCAGGCUGCCCCCUAUGGUUAUCUGAUAUGGCGGACCGGCGAGUUUAUCGGAUAGCAGGCUUUCUCUUGGUCUUCCUCGGGCCGGGGACUCCUCCGAGGACCGCGCGAGCUGCUCCGCCGCCGCCGCCGCGGGGCCAGGGGUCCGAGGUUUUCUACGCUCGGUCCUAAUCCGUGAAGGGGUGGUUCGUGGAGGGGUAGCUUAGCUUAUGGCAGAUGCGGUCGAAAUGACCCUGGCGCCAGUCGCCCUAUUCAUAACUCUCGAAAGUUUCGUAUACUAGUUUCUCGCUUUCUUGGUAUUUAUCCAGCG